AUUUAAGUCUCCAACCUACAUGAUGCAAUCACACUGACUGAAAACACCAAACACAGAAUAGAGAAGCAGCUCCUGAAAUUACAAAACUCAGGAAAGAGAAGUGGCUAGUAAACAUUAUGAUUCAGACUGCCUUAGACUUUCAAAUUAACUAAAGUGCCGCGGCAACUUGUAUCUGCAAACCAGAAUAACCAGCUUUCAACCACGGCACACCUCGAGAAAAACUAAACACAGACAUCAGUGAAGCGGCACUACCUGAUCAUGUUGGAGGAGAACAAGGAGCACCAGGAUAGGAGCGCAAACAUUACCAAAUUUCACAACAAUGAAUUCUAUACUGCCGUUAUGGAUGAAGACUUGGAACAUAUAGAAGACAUGACAAAAAAGUAUGGCAGCGACUUUCUCAUCAACACACGAGACAGUGCACCUGGAGAAGAUUUCUGGAAGGGCCUCGCUAUCCUUCCCCUUCAUCUGGCUGCCUCUUACAGAAAAGUAAAAAGCAUACAGAGCCUGCUGUCAGCAGGGGCAGACCCUGAAACAAGGGAUCGACUCGGUCUGACAAGUCUGCACUUGGUGAUAACUAGUUGGCCAACACCAGGUCCCAAAGUUAAGACUGCUGUGACUGAUGCGUGUACGCAGGCAGAGGCUUGUCUACGGCUCCUCUGUGAGCACGGCGCCGACGUCAAUGCGGAGGUGGAAGGGGAGAGUCACCAGACAGCUCUCCACCUAUCAGUACGCUACACAGCACUAUCUGCGAUCUGUAUUCUGACCAAGUAUGGUGCUGAUGUUAAUGCUGUCAACAGCAGUGGGAUGACGCCCCUCCAUAUGGCUGCUGGGAUCCUCCAUAAGGAUAUUAUAGCCAGUUUAAUCAAAGAGGGAGCAGACAUCAACAUGAGGGUGAAGCACUCUGGGAACACUCCUCUACACCUAGCUGUUGUGGCUGUGGCUAUGAAGACCACUAAAACAAUGGAAGACCGCAAUGGCUGCAUCUCUGAGCUGCUCGAGCACGGGGCCGAAGUCAACGCUGUGAACAAAGCUGGAAUGACACCUUUACAGGAGGUGUGCAGCAUGGGCAACGAGGAGCUGGUAGACCUGCUGCUCAGGUACGGAGCCAACAUCAAUAAGCUGAGCAAAGCAGGGGAGAACUGUCUGUUUCUGUUCCUGAACCACAGGCCGAAUGUAAGGAACAGGUCUCUGCUGGUGAAACUCUUCAGUCUGACCUCCCCGCUCUCUCUCUAUAACCACAAAGGCCACCUGCCCUCGACCUUGACACUGCCAUGUUUCUUUAAACAGAGAGACCAGCUACUAAAGCUCAUUCAACAGCCAAGGAGGCUUCAGGAUAUUUGUAAGAGUGUCAUUUAUCUGAAACAUGUCAGAGACAGGAAAGAGGAGUUGAGAAAAAUCCUACCUCAGAGUGAAUAUGACUUUGUAUUCAGCUACUGGGAGAAUUUACCCAUUUCCUUUGUGAUGGAUGGUGAACAGAACUCAUUUUAUAACUCAUUUGAUAUUGCUCCUCUUUAACACCACAAACUGCACGUGACUUGCAUCUGAUUGAAUAAAAUCUAUGGAAGCAGCUUA